AUGGACGGUCCUACGCGUUUGUAUGUCGGCCAUCUCCCCCCAGAUGUGCACCGCGACGAUCUUGGCGACUUUUUUUGUCGCGUUGGUCGUGUAAUUGAUGUGCGCGUCCUCAGCGGAUUUGGGUUUGUGGAGUUCGAAAACCCGCGCGACGCCGAUGCUGCCGUACAGGACUUUGACGGUGCAUCGUUCAUGGGCGAACGUCUCAUGGUCCAAUUUGCAAAGCAACCGCAGCGUCGCGAUCGCGAUCGCGAUGAUGGCUUCCGUAGCCGCGACCGUGACCGCGAUCGCGACUCGUUCGGCCCUCCCCGUGCCCGUUCUGAUCGUCCGCCCCGCAACGCACCGCGCCGUGGAAUGUACCGCAUUGUUGUAUUCAAUCUGCCAGAGGGUACAAGCUGGCAGGAUUUGAAGGACAUCGGCCGCGAAUACGGCUCGAUCACCUUCUCUAACAUCAACCGCUCGCGUCCUGACGAGGGUGUCAUCGAGUACGACAACCGCGAGGACUACGAGCUGGCGCUGUCCAAGAUUGAGGGCACAGAGCUGGGCGGCUCGCGUUUGCGUGUCGAGCCCGAGGGCGAGGUACCGCCGCCGUCGAUGGAUAGGCGCGAGCGCAGCCCCGGUCCCGAAAGGCGCCACCGCGACGACGGCUAUCCUCCGCGCGACGGUGACCGCUGGCGUAACGAGCGCCCCCCUAGGCGCGACUACCGCGACGAACGCCCGCCGCCGCCCAUGCGCGAGGACGAACGGGAGCCGCCACCUCCGCGCGAGGACGAGCGCGAGCUGCUCCCUUCCCGUGAGGACGAGCGCGAGCCGCUUCCUAUUCGCGAGGAUGAGCAUGAAGACGACGCCCCUGCUGAGCGUGCCGAGCCGCCGAGCGCCCCCGAGUUCGAGGAGCCGGUCGACGACGCGCCUGCUUCGUAG